AUGGCGAAACAAAUUGUUGAGAGAAAUCAAGCUUUUGUCGAAAAGGUUAUUAAAGAGAAUGAAACUCUACUAUUAGCAUAUGAUCAAUUAAAACAAGAAUUAGCAGAAACAAAGUUCGAAUUAAACAAUUGUAAAAAGAAUACUUUAAAAGAAAUAGAGCCAAGAAUACAAAAACUACUUGAUGAUCAUAAGGCAGAACUAGCAAAGCAAAAGGAAACAAUUUCAGCAAAAUAUGAAGCAGAUAUCGCUCAAUUAAAUUCCGAUUUUGAGAAAAAACGUCUAAUACUAGUACAACAAAAUGCUGACACAGAAGAAAGAUGUCAUCAAAAACUAAUUAAGCUAAAAGAACGCGCCUUAGGGCGUGAAAAAGAAAUCAAAGACGUUAUGAGUAAAAGAGUUGAAGAAGUAUAUGCAAAAAUUGAAGAAGCAAAGCAACAGGCAAAAAGAGAAGAAGAAAUUGCUAGAACUGCAUGGCAAAAAUUAAUUACAGAUAAAAUUCGAGCUGAAUUUCAAGAAAAAGCCGAACAAGAUGCCAACCGUAUCAAGUCAAGGCAAGAAAAAAUGCUUAUGGAUGUUGUUGGAAAGCUAGAAGCCGACGCCCAUGAUGAAGCAAAUCAAUUAAAAGCACAGCUCGAAAAAGAAAAGCAAGAACAUAAAAUCGUUGAAACUAGAUUAAGAUCUCGAAUCGAAAAUUUAGAACAAACAAUAAAUACUAUGAAGGAAUCAGAUAAAAGCGAAAAGCACAGUCUAGAAGAAAAAAUAUUGGAUUUGAAUUCUCAAAUAUCAAAAUGCAGGUGUAAUGAAUAUAGAGACGAGAUUAAAACACUGAAUAAUCAAAUAAAUGAUUAUAAAAAUCAAAUACAACAAUUAAUUCUUAAACAAAAUAGUUCUAAAAAUGCUGAGAAUCAACAAAUGCAACAAAUAAAACAAGAAAAUAGCAAUCUUAAUAAGAAAAUCCAAGAUUUGCAAGAACAAAUUAAUCAGAUUAAUGAUCAACAUAAAAAUGAACUUUCUCUUAUUGCUGAGAGAGUGAAAAAGACUGUUGAACUCAAAGAUGCAAGAAUUCAACAAUUAAUAGGCCAAAUCGAAAAACUCACCGGCCAUCCAAUUUAA